AUGAUGAAUAACACUGAAUCUGAAAGUACAAGUUCUGAUGCACCCAGUUCUUCGUCAAUAACAAUAUUAACAUCAAAAUCUAAUGAUGAAGCUAUAUCCAAAGAACAGCAUUUUUCAAAAACCAUUCGAGAUCAAUUCUUCACCAACAUUAGCAAAAACGAGAAAAAUUGGUCGGCCACAUGCUUGAUAUGUAAUGAAAUAGUAUUUGAUAACGUUAGUGUUACAUCUAAUGUUAACCGCCAUCGAUCAUCUCCACCUUCUAAACAAUCAUAUCCAGCUGACCACCGUCUACAAAGACAGUUACAUGAUGCCAUCGUUCAAGAACUCAUCAUAGAACUUGGUCUUCCAUUAUCAUUGGUAGAAAGACCAGAAUUUAUUAAAUUUAUGUCUAUUGUCGAUCCAAAAUUUAAAACAACAAGUCGUCGCACUUUAACAAGAAGUACAAUUCCACUUCUCUAUAAUAAAAUGCAUGAUUUGUUAAAAGAAUUCUGUUCAAGAGCAGAAUACAUUUCUCUGACUCUCGAUAUUUGGACCGAUAGAAGAACCCGUUCAUUUUUCAGUAUCACAGGUCAUGCAAUUAUUGACACGGAAUUUAAGUCUUAUGUUCUGUGUUUCUUACCAUUACAAGGAAGCCAUACUAGCGAAAAAUUAUUUGAAUAUUAUGACUUAUUAAUUAAUGAAUUUCAAAUAAAAAAUAAAUUAUGCAGAAUAGUAACCGACAAUGCAUCUAACAAUAUUAAAGCUUUUGAAAAUUUAAUUAUUCCUGGAUUUGAAUCGUACUUUUCUGAUGAUGACAACGAUAAUGACACCAAUGAUGAUUUAUCUGAAAAUCAUGAUAAUGGCUCAGAUAUGAGCGGCGAUGAUUGUUAUGAUAAUCCAGCGACAUCCAACAGCAUGCCAAUGCAAGAUACAUUAAAUAUUAUUAAAGAUUCUUUUGAUAAUUUAUCAUCCAAAAGUGAAUUAAGAAUACCAUGUUUUGCGCACACACUUCAACUUGUUAUUAAAAAUGGUUUAGAAGAAGCUAUUUGUAUUAAACAAGCUAUUUACAAAGUAUCGAAAAUUGCCAAAUUAGCUCAUUCAAGUACUACUUUUGCAGACAAACUGGAAACAAUAGGUGGAAGCAUUCCAAAACCAAAUAAAACUCGAUGGAACAGUCAACUUCAUGCAGUACAAAAAAUACUCGAGAUACAAUCAACACAAUUAAAUUCUAUACUUACUGAAUUAAAAAAAAAGGAUUUAUGUUUAGGGCCACGUGAUAUAACUAUGUUAAAUGAAUUCGUGUCGUUAUUAAUUUUUUUUGAAGAAGCAACAACCAUUACUCAAGCAGAGAAUUCACCGUCGAUUUCACUUGUCGCUCCGAGUAUUGUUUCGAUUUAUUACGAUUUAAUCAAUGAACAACAUAAUAUUAUUUACACAACUACGUUAUGUAAAGCUCUAUUGUCAUCAUUAAUUGCUUGA